AAAUUUUAAUGGCGGCGCACUGACUAUGUACAGAGACACUUCAAGGUGGCAUUCAGUGGUGGCACUGUACAUUAGGAGUUGGGGGCAUUCUAACACUUUAUGGGUGUACUUCAAAGGUAAGGGGCAUUUUGAGACUAUGGCGAAACUUAAAGGUUAGGGGCAUUCUAGGGUAAGGGACAUUCUGACACUGUAAGUGGGCACUGUAGGGUGGGGAGUAUUCUGAUACAGUAUGGGGUCUUAACCCAUCCUAUCUGAAGUUUCUGAACUCUUCUUCUAGGUGACACGGUGGUAUCUGUAUGUGUGUACUCUCCAGUACCGCUAUAGUACGGGGCGGAGGAGAUGGCGUCUGCACGUCUUCUGGAGGCGCACAUAGCCAGGAAAGGGGCUGCACUCGGGCGGAGCAGCGGUUGAGUCAGCGCCGGCCCCCCCCCCCCACAAGUGAAGCCGAAUCUCGUCAUUCCAGCAUCCGCCCGCCGCUCUCCUGCCUGCACUCCAUACAGGACCGGGGCAGCAUCAUGUCCCAACAUAGUGUGACGGUGAUCCGGACCACGGCCAGCAGCAGUAACGUGCAGUACAACAGCCCGGGGCUCAUAGACCGAAGCUACCCCCGCUCCAGCGGCGCCACCCUCAAGCUGUGCCAGGCGAGUUCUCAGGCUAGACUUCUAGUGGAUUCAGAGCAGACCUGCUUUUAUUUUCCAUAUUUAGAGGAGUAAACAUGUUAGCAGAACGCUGUGAUUUACUUUCCAAGCUGUGUUUGCUGAUAGCCUUUUUAUGUGUGAGGUUCUCCGACUGGACAGACUACAGUGCUUACCGCUAUUUUGAAGUUGUUACAAUUUGCUUCAUGAUACUAAUAAUUAUCCUUUAUGUGGUGAACCUAUUCCGGAUUUACAGAAUGCUUACUUGUGUAUCAUGGCCUCUUGCGGAAUUGUUGCACUAUUCCAUAUGUACCUUCCUGCUCCUCAUUGCCUCAAUUGUGGCUGCUGUGAAAAGUUAUGGCAUGGGUGGAUUAGUAGCUGGCUCGAUCUUCGGAUUCAUCGCCUCGUUCUUAUGUAUUGUAGGCAUGGUGCUCUCAUAUAAAGUGACAUUUGUAACUCAAUCCAGUGGAGCUACAUUAUGACUACCGGGUCAGCAGAGGAUUCCAGAGAUGAAGUGAAAAUGGAAAAUCCUGCACAAGUUCUUGUGUCUGAGCACAAUUUGCACUGGUUGUGAGAUCCUUUCAACAGUGAACUUACACUGGCUAUAGUGGAUGCACAGCUAUGGAAUCUAUACAAAUAUGUGAGGCAGCUGAUUUGUAGCAGUGAAUUAUGUACUACACUAUCAUCCUUAUAUUGCAGGAUAUUCUGCAGUGAAAUGGACAAUUAAAUCUAUCGCUAUAUUCUCCAGAGUGGAGUAAACUUGUCUGCAAUUUAUGCUGUAAAACUGCUUCUGAGAGUGAAAACCAAAGAUGUCAAUAUGAUUGUGAUGAUCUGUCCUUUUUAUUCAUGUUCAAUUGUUCAUUAUAUAAAAGUUAUUUUUAUGCACAUAUUAUGGACCAGUGGCCCCAAACUCCUUAUCAGACACAAGCUGCCAGAACAGAUGGAGAUCAUCAGGUUAGGGACCAUGGCUAUAGUAGUUUUAAUCCAUGUUAUUUAGCAAGUAGAUGAGGUGUCAUUUUUUUUUAUUUUUUUUUAAUAGCUGUAUUGGUUUUUAAUAAAUUCAAAUCCGUAAAUAUGCUUUAAUAUGGCUGCGGAUAAAUGUAUGAUAGCACAUACAUGGCCACUGCAUUUAUUUAAUGUGCUUCCUCUCAACAUCUAAUAUAUACAACUUUUAAGGGAAAUCUAAAUUAAAGAAAAAUAUUGGGGCUCAAGGUCAAGGACAUUGAUAAUAAUAAUAAUAAU